GCAUCCUGCACUUACCCAUUUAGAACCCACAUUGACAUAUUGGAAUUGUUACCUGUACCCCAUUUCAUAGUGGUUAGCUUUCUUUUAUUUCUCAUGAAAAUGUUUUUUUCCUUCAAUUCAGGCACAACAAGUGUGGCAUCAUGUUGCAUAUUAUUCACACAUGAAUCAUGACCUUGUGUGAAGAGUCUGCUUCUGGAUCCUGAGGGUAAAAGUGCGUGUGUGUGUGUGUGUGUGUUUGCGGCGAAAAAGCCACAGAGGAGAUCAAAAUUUCCUGAUUAGUUAUGACCAUCUUCCAUUCCUCACACCGUACUACUAAUUAAUCGCCUAUACUACGAUACAAUCAUACAAGUGCCUGGAUCAUAGAAGCAACCUACUCUGAGGGACUAGAAAAGAUUUAAGAUAGCCCAAUCAACUCCAAGCAGAAAAAAAAAGCUGGUUCAAAUUUUAUUUUCUAUACCAUCCUCUUCUGCAGUAGUAGCCUAGGAACACAUCCUUAUUUAAAAAUAAAGAUUUAACCCCCAUCACAUGGAACUGACAGUGGUUCUCUGCUUCCAUGAUGAUACUGCUAAACAUCAAGGAUCAGACCGAAAAACGAGCGCCAAGUGGCAAUAGAAAACUGCACACCCAUCCGAACCCCAUUUCCACCAUCAGAAAAAAUCGUCUCUGAAAGAGACAUUUUGAAACCUCCUCUGAAUUCUCUGAAAGAGACCCAUUUCUCCCAGCAGCAAACAAUGGCUGGCAUUUUAAAUCCUGCCUGGACGGCUGGACCAGUCAUGACUUGCGUGCCUCUGCUCGCCCAGACCCCAGAGGUCGUAAACAACGGGCUAACAAAGUCUUCUCGCCCCAUUUCACAUCCCCAUCUGAAGAACUAGUCUCCUCUGUCCUCUCCUUCCUCCCCCUCUUUGUCCCCCAUGGCCCAAUCCUGGGCCUCCUUCCUCCUCCUUGCUCUCCUCUCCUCCAGCCUCCUCGUCCGCGGCAGCAAUGGGGAGAGGGUCUUCCUCUACCCGCAGUCCCAGAAGGUCUCCUCCAUCGUCAGCCAGCGGUACCGCACCGCCUACCACUUCCAGCCCCCCAAGAACUGGAUCAACGAUCCAAAUGGGCCAAUGUACUACAACGGCAUCUACCACGAGUUCUACCAGUAUAACCCCAAUGGCUCCGUAUGGGGUAACAUAGUUUGGGGCCAUUCGGUUUCGACAGACCUCAUCAACUGGAUCCCACUUGAAACAGCAAUAGAGCGGGACACCCCGAGCGACAUAAAUGGUUGCUGGACCGGCUCAGCCACAAUUCUCCCCGGUAACCGACUGGUCAUCAUAUACACCGGUGCCGACCCGGAGAAGCGUCAGGUCCAAAACAUUGUGGUUCCAAAAAACCUGUCUGACCCGUACCUGAGAGAAUGGACCAAAGCCGGAAAUAACCCGGUGAUCCAACCGGUCGGUCCGGGCUUGAACUCGGGCCAGUUCAGGGACCCGACAACCGGUUGGAUCGGACCUGAUGGGCUGUGGAGGAUAGCAGUUGGUGCUGAGCUCAACGGCGACAGUGCUGCACUUUUGUACAAGAGCAAAGACUUUCUGAACUGGACUAGAGUUGACCACCCACUGUAUUCAUCCAAUUCCUCCUCUAUGUGGGAGUGCCCGGAUUUCUUCGCGGUAUUGCCGGGCAAUAACGGCGGACUGGACCUGUCUGCAGCGAUCCCGAAUGGUGCCAAGCAUGUCCUCAAGAUGAGCCUGGAUUCCUGUGACAAGUACAUGAUUGGGGUUUAUGAUCUGAAAAGUGACACCUUUAUUCCAGAUACUGUCCUAGAUGACCGGCGGCUAUGGUCGAGGAUCGAUUAUGGUAAUUUCUAUGCCUCAAAGUCGUUUUUUGACUCGAAGAAGGGCAGGAGGAUCAUAUGGGGUUGGACUAACGAGACAGAUAGUUCUUCGGACGAUGUUGCAAAAGGUUGGGCAGGAAUCCAUGCAAUUCCUAGGACGAUUUGGUUAGACAGCCAUGGCAAGCAGCUGCUGCAAUGGCCAGUUGAAGAGGUCGAGUCCCUUCGAGGAAAUGAAAUCAACCAUCAAGGACUAGAGCUGAAGAAGGGAGGUCUGUUUGAGAUUAAGGGAGCUGACAGUUUCCAGGCUGAUGUGGAGAUAGACUUUGAGCUGACGUCCAUCGAUAACGCCGAUCCUUUCGAUCCCUCCUGGCUUUUGGACGUCGAGAAGCAUUGCCGGGAAGCGGGUGCAUCAGUCAGUGGUGGCAUAGGGCCAUUUGGACUUGUUGUCCUGGCCUCUGACAACAUGGAGGAGCACACUGCUGUGCACUUCCGGGUGUACAAGUCAGAGCACAAAUACAUGAUACUCAUGUGCUCUGAUCUAAGAAGGUCAGUGCGUAUGGUUCUUCGCUGAGACGGACUAUUAUGAACUGAGUUCAAGGAAGGAUAGUAUGCAAGCCCUCGUCGUAAAGCAUUGCAACACCGCAUAUGUUUCAGAAGCAUAACUCUUGUUGCAGAACUGAGUUCAAGGAAGGAUAGUAUGUGAGUCCUCGAUUAGACGCG